UCUUAAGAAAAAUUACAUGAUUGUAUGUAAUUUAUGAAUGUAGCAAGCAAGUAGAUCAAUAUAGAAAUGAAAAAUAGAACAAGUAAAUUGAGACGGAAAGAGUGUUACUUUCUUUUGCCCCACCUUAUCAUAAUGGUUGUCGUACAUGUUAAAAAUUAAAUUAAAAAAACUCCUUUAAUAGUUAUGUGCUACCCAUUAUCAACAGCUAUAUUCAACAAACAUCUAGAUUUUUCUCCCUCCCUCCCUAAGAACCCUAACUUUUUUUUUUAACACUACUAGGAGUAGUAAUUAAUUAUUAACAUAGUUUCAACAUCAAAAGACAAAUAAAUGUAACCAUGUUUGAUUCAAAUUACAAUGCAAAUAGUAUUCUUCCUAUUUAUCAAAACAAUACCCAUCACCACCCUUUUGAUGAUCAUCUCUUUAAUAACUUUCCUAGUCACUUGCUUGAUGAUGAUGAGCUUUUUUUAGACACCAUUUUGCCCUACAACACUCCCCCACCACCGCCACCGCCACCAUCACUAGUAUCAACUACGAUCAAUGAAACUACCAACGUAGAUCAACACAUUGGAGGGAGUAACAAUCCCGGUGAGAAGGCGGCACCAAAGAAAGGGAUCAAGAAGAAGCAAGACCGUGUAGGAGGAUCAUCAAAAAGAAGGACGGGGAAGAAAGAUAGGCAUAGCAAGAUACAUACCGCUCACGGUCCGAGGGAUCGGAGGAUGAGGUUGUCUCUCCAAAUAGCAAGGAAGUUCUUUGAUCUACAAGAUAUGUUGGGAUUUGACAAGGCGAGCAAGACGAUUGAGUGGUUGUUUAACAAAUCUAAGGCGGCUAUUAAGGAUCUUUCCGACAAGAGUUGCACUAGUAUCUUACCUUCAUCUCCUUUAGAAGAAAUGAUUAAAGGUGAUUGUAGUAAUAACAAAGAGAAAUUAUUGUGUGAAGAAAUGAUGAACAAGAAAAUGGGAGAAAAUAAUAGUAAUAAUAACAACAAUAAUAAUAAGAAGGGAGGAAUAAUGUUUAAAAUUAAUGAGAAAAGGAAGGAGGCAAGAGCUAGGGCAAGAGAGAGGACAAAAGAGAAGUUAUUAAUCAAGAAUAAUAAUAAAGAAUACCCUUUAGAAAUGGAGGAAAACCCUAAUUCUCUUGAUAAUGUUAUGAGGGUUAAUGAAGUAAACCAACAACAACCAUUAGAAGAUCAUAUGGCUUCUGUGGGUAUCAUUGAGAAAUUCUUGGCCACCACGGCCUCUUCGUCGAUUGAUGAUUCUCAAGAUGAAGCUCUUGCUAGGGCAUUUUCCAUGGAUUUAGGGCAAUUUGGGGCGAUAUCUACUACAAUGGAGGGUACAAUGGUUGUGAAUUCCGAGUACAAUAAAGUCCAAGGCCAUAAUUGUGCAUUCAUGGACAGGACAUACAACCAAGGAUAUAUUGAUUAAGGUAUGUAUGGUUUAGUAUUUUCCUAAACUAUAUGUAUAAAUCUUUUGUUGAUUCAUUAUUGUAGGGUUCAAGUAGAAUGAUUAAUGACUCUAAUUAAGAGUGUGUGGUUUCAUGUAUGUGUGUUUUCUUGGUUAUUUUCCGAGUGUAAGGAUAUGAUUAAUUGUGUAUAGUGCUUGUUUUCUAAAUUAAUGGAUGAGAUUGAAGUUCUUUGAAGUCUUGGA